GAGAGUGUCGCUCUACACUUGUCGCCACUCAUUUCUUGUUGCGAACCUCCAGGCAGCUCAUUCUUCAUUGAUGAUUCUCCAGUCUAGUGUUGCAGUUUGACUUCGCUGGUUCAUGAGAUUGCAACCGCGUUGACGACGCUGCGCAUUGUGUUUCGUGUGUGUGUGUGUUUUCUUCUUCUUGUUGGUACAGAUGAACUCUAGUAGUUGCUUGCAGCACCUCAUGAGCUGCCACAUUUCCUUCACGCGGCGGUUGAAUUUGGGAAGUUUGUGGAUUCCGAUGUAAUUUGGAUUGUGUUAGGAGGAAUCUGAGGCUAUGGCGGUGUUGUAGCUUCGUAGGCGCUGCGCACCAAGUCCUGUUGGUGUCUUGGUGUGUGACUUAUUUCGGUACCUGGGGAAUUAGGUUGUUGUGAAUUCUAGGCGAUGGUGUGAUGUUGAGUGAACUUUUGAAUGUUCCACAGAGUUGCAGUUUAGGUUUGUUUUUAAAAGUGUUUGGGUGCGGUAUCGGAUACUAGAAGAAGGCGCCUUUGUUGUGAUCUCGACCGUCUAUGUCUUGGAUUGGGAGUUCGUCUAGUGUUUGAACUUGUCAGGCGUUUCCCUGUGCUAAAAUUACAGGACUGUUCUUUGGGAAUUGUUCGUGCACUUCUGUUGUGAAUUUGUUUGUUUGCUUUCGAAUGCGUUCGCUGUGGAUGAUCGACUUCUUUCUCUGACAAGCAAUUUUGCUGCUGUUUUGAAGCUUUUUUUUUAAGUGAAGUGGUGUGAGCUUAGUUCGGGUAGUAGGAGACUGGGCUGGAAGCUUAAAUUUUCAGUGAACACUGCCUUUCACAUGAGGAAUGAGUUUUAGACUCACCUCCUGGUUUGGCCAUCUUGCAGAAUGAAUUGACGCCGAUAAAGAAAUUUCUGGCCAACUGGAUGAAGAAACCCAUUGGGUUGCUUGCAAUGGUUGAUUUAGAAACGAGGGUGUCCUCUUCAUUAAAAACAGGUGCAUUAACAAUAUCAACCGAUGCUGCUCAACUCGUCGUAGAGCCUGUGAUCAAUGCUGCACCUUUCCUAUUAGCUAGCAAUAUACUCAUGGCAGAUCUCCCUUGGAAAGCGUCUUAGCCACUUUGUUUCGUCCUGAUGCAAUAACGUAUAUAGAUUUGCUUGAAUCUGAUGGAUAUGCAUCAACAUCCUUAUGACUAUUCGCCAUAUUGUAGUGGGGCUUGAUGCUUUGAAAUUGCGACCAGACGAGUUUUGUGCUAGUUUCUGCCUGGGGUCAUUGGAAUGACUAUGCUCGGGCAAUGAAAUGUUACAACAAGUAAGUAUGCAUUGAGUGACUACACGCCAAUCUCUUUGGUCAUUCUGUAAGUUUGGUAUUGGGUUCCAAUUUUAUAGAGUACUUAAUGGCGUUCAGACAUUUCCGUCUGUGGUACGACUGUACGCAGUAGCUGUCGGAUUGCGGGUGUUUACUUGGUUGGAUCCUGGCUCCUGCACUUCGCCUCUUCUGGGAAUUCAUUACUAAGAUCAAGAGAAAUGCCAAACACGAAUAGGACUUGGGGACUUAUUUUCGACCAGUGAUGUAAUGGGCGAGGAUCAUCAUGAUGUGCAGGUUCACCUUUCCUCUUCUAAUUCAUUCUCUAUUGUACAAGCACAUAUUCUCAGCAUACCAUGUUUCUAUUAUGUUGUAAAGUGGUAGUAAAGCAAUUUUCACCACUGGGAAGUAACAAUCUGCGAGUAUUGUGGCGUACGUUUGUCUUCUUCCAAAUAUAUAGGCAUGGAUAUGAUCCUGGAACGAUCAUAAUCUUUCAGACCAGAUUUAGUCUUAGGGGAUGACAUUUGGUAAUGAAAGGGAGUAGAAAGUAGUGUAGGUUGGAGAUCAGGAGAUAUAAUUUGCUUGUUAAAGUAUUUCCUCAAGACAAUAUAUCCAUGAUGAGGUUUACGGCUACUGCUGCAAACUACUUGUGGGCAAGUAUCUUAGCAGUUCUUUGCGCAUUUUUUGCACCAUCAAAGGGCAGUAGAUUCAGUUAAAUUGUCAGCAGAAGUGAGCACUGCAAUUAGGCAACAGUUCAUCCACUUAAUGUGAUCGCAAGCAACAAUGUCGAUAGUUGCUUUGAGUGCAGUAGGUAGUUAUUGUGAGCUUUGGGGUGUGCACAGCUACUUCAAUAUGUGAAAUCCGAAUUAUUCAUUGUAUUUGGCGAGUGAAGGCUAUCAUAGUUGCAUUGAUAUUAUCUGAGGAUGUGAUGAUUCUGGGCCAGCCGCGUUUUUGAAGGGGGUUUACUCUAGUGUUUUAUCCUCAGUUUUCGCAUUUCAAUGCAACUUUAUGUUCGGUUACUACUGAAUUUUCUACAGUUUGAUUCAAUAAAUGCUGAAACUUCCGAUUAAAUGCAAUAGUCUGAAGGACUUCCGCAGUGUGAGUGUAACUGUAGUCCUUUCUUUCAUUUCUGUUUGUGCUGUUUUCAUGUUCUAAAAAUGUAACAGUCUGUAUAUCGUAAGACUUGCCAUACAGUCACCUGCUUGAAACUCGCAAUUAUAAGUUCUGCUUUAUCUGUGACGCAGUGUAUCCUAAAUGAACUGUUGUCGUCCAUAUUUUGACUAACUUCUAAUCAGCUGUUUAUCACGAUGAUUCAUGGAACAAAGUCCUGCGUGGAAAGGGAGUGUAUACAGACGGAACUUUGAGGCCAAGACCUUACAGGUACCGUUGAUGUAUUUUGUCUCAGAAAGAGAAGCUGGUUAUUAUUCACAAUCGUGUGCUAUUCAUGCUAUCUUAUCUUUAUAGGAUUAGAAUUCGAUCCCUGGUUCAACAGGUUGUCAUUAUGAGUAGAGUGUAUACCUGCUACAAGUUCAUGAUUAGUUGUAUCUCCUUGUAUAAUUUGCCAGAUUAUUUAGGCUCCUAUUUUCAAAUUAUUUGACUCUACUUUGCCAGGUGUAAAAAUACUGUUUUCAGUGUAUUCUGCUUUGGCAAUGAUGUUAUUGAGGUUAUGUAGAUAAAUAUGAAGAGAAUGUUAAUGCUUUUAGAAAUAUACGUUACCAAAAAUUCUAUUUGGAUUCUUUUCGUUCUGUCAAUUUGUAGUGUUUAUCACACAAUAACUGAUAACGAAUGACGCACAUUAAUCACGAGACCCUUAACCUGUCCGUAGAUUAUUGUCGCAGACAUCAGAAAACUGCUGGAAAUUGAUCCAGUAAUUGAGCUAAACUGGCCUCUAUUUUCAAUCUAGGAAUCACCUUGAUUCUCUAUCUCUUGCACCGAUGGUCAACCUUUUUUUUUCUUCUUGUUUUUCAAAUCUAUGACACCCUAACCCUAAUGGUCUUGGUUGAAAAGUGUGUGCGCAUCCUGAAUUCUUUAAAGCUCACAAAAUCUUCAGAUCAACGAGAUAAUUAAUGAAUUAAAUUCUGAGACUAAUUAUAUUGAGCCUACAAAUAAUAAUAUCCUUCGUUUCUAAGAAACCUCAAUAUUUCAGCAGAGGUAAUAUGUAAGUAAAAAGUCAUUGCAGGUGUAUACUUAAACUGUAGACACAAAUAGUAACAAUUGCUUCUGAUACCGAAGAUCAAAGUGAUCCACUAUCAAAGGUGGGAGGUAUGGAAGGGUAUGUCGAGUCAUGGAAGUUUUAAUGACGUUGGAGGAGCAACCUCUACUUUGGAGGGUCCUCCAAUAGAGGCACCGGAUGAUGAACAUGAACCUCGAAGCAGAAGCCAUGAGCUAACUUCUAAGAGCGUAUGGAGUUGGUAAAUUGCCUGUACUUUGUGACUAGUCAGAUCAAAGGGUUUGGUGUCACCUCUCAUUGCUGAUAUCAUGAAUUUCAUUGGUCGGAAUAGCUCUAAUAUCUCUUUCUAAGUGUAUCUUUGAAGUGAACUCAGACCAGAUGGUUUACAAUGUCUAGAAGUUGCAACAGCUCAAGCUGAAGAUCCUUCAGCUUGGUCUUCAGUGAUAGCAAAUACUAAUAAUAGGAGUAGAUUAUUGAAGGGUCGUAGAUUCCUCAACGUAGGUGAGUUGUUGCGUGAUGCAGUCAAUCUGUAUAAUAUUGAGAACGUGCAAAAGAGGUUCUAGACCAUGGUAAACAGAUACGGGUUCUAGUUAUGCAAACGAAUUUCAAAUUUAUUUUCAAUACCAUGACCUUGAGAUUGGCAUCAGAGGGAAAAGUAUGUGACUUGGCAACUGUAACAAACCAAGAGAAAUUGGGUCAAUCCUGUCGGACUGAGACAUUCUUUUCAAGUCUCAUCAAGUUGCCUCUGCAUGUGGAGUUGCUUGGAGUCUAACUAUACAAUCGAUGGACAGAAGUCCGUUGAUAAAAUGAAAUGCAGGUAUUUGCGGCGGACAAUGACAUACCUUUCAACGCUGAUUGGUGAGUAGCCUCUCACCCUUAUAAUCAAUUUAGGCUCACCUCUUAUAGUUUUCUUAGUAGUGAGAACGAUGAUGACUGAAUGUAGAUGGAUCUGUGAACCGUAUUAAUUUUCACUAAGAAGUAGGUUUCAUCACUUGUAUUCCUCUCAUAAAUCCACUCAUAGCCUCAGUUAUCUCGGCUACAUUUUGAAGUUGUUGAUGGAGAGGAAACCUUGAUGUCUCUUGAUAAUUUCCUUUGAGUUCUGGAAUUGGCUAAGCUUCGUGAAAUUGGAUAUUUGGUAGUCUGGUAUCGUCUUUCACCUGCAACAAAACAAGGCCGUUGGUGUGGCUAGCGCCACAUCUGCAGUCCUUACUGCGUCAUUCGUUGUCUAGCAGGACGAAUUAAAACUGAAUACCGAAAGAAACUCACUCGCUGCUUAACCUGGACGUUAUCAACACCUUAUUACUUUCCUCCUCUUUCGAUGUACCAAAUCUCGAACUGGUCACGUGGUUCCAAGUUUAAGGGAUAGAUGUGAGACUGAAGUGUCAACGUUAGGACAUUCUCUUAACUAACAUGAUGACAAUCUACUCGUAGUGUCGGGUCCGCCUUUAAGAAACAAGUUCCUCCUUUCAUAUCAAUGAUACCAAAUUCGGUAUCGUUGAUGACUGGUAACAGGUGGACAUGCAUCAGAAUUUAGAACAAAUUUAGUCACUGCCUUUGUGAUUGACCGUUAUAGUACAAUCGUAAGAUGUUAGCAGCUGGGUACCUAGUACUCCCCAAUCAGUUGGAGUGCAUCAUGUUGUUUCAUGGCCUGUACAUCCACCCAAUCCAAAAUCUAGGUCGCGGUAGUAACUAGCUCCGAUUCGUAUGCGCCCAAAAAACGAGAUAUACACCGUCUCGUUUCCACAGAUUGCAGUUUGGACGCACAGGCACGAUGCCGUGGUAGCUACCACGUCCAGUUGUCUCCGCCGUCCUCACCUAUUUGAAGACUGGCUGCCUAGGCAAGAAUCUGAGUUCACUCCCCUUGCAAUCUAUCGAUGCCAGUUCCCUUUUGGUGUGGCCUGCGUUUGUUGUUGUGCAGGCUUGUCAUCGUGAAGCGGCGCAGCUUAUAUUGCACUCAAACUGAAAGCCUUCAAGAGCAUCGGAACUCUUCGUGAAUCACGUCAAUGGCCCUCUGCUUCGACAAUGGUCGCUGUCCCUGGUUGAGCUGCAGCUUAGUGGAAGCUGGAUCAGCUGGAGAGGCUUCUUCCUUGAAUGGCAUUUCUGCUGUCAGUGCUCAUGGCAACAGCAAGUCGCUGCAGCCUGAUGAAGAUGUCACAUGCUUGCUCCAGGCAGAUGCAUUAGCUGGAAUUAAAGGUGCUACCUCUGCUUAUCCAAAAUCCAAGAGGUCAAACAGAUCUGUGGCGCGUGUUCCUGUGUCAUUAAACUGCAAAUCUCCAAGCUGCGUUUUGGGGACGGGGACGGCCACUCCUGAUCGCGUAUUCCCGAUGUCCGACUUCGCAAGGGACAUUCUGCAUGGCUUCGGUGAAAACGAUACCCCUGCCGUAAGGGAAUUCAGCGCACGCGUCUGUAAGGGCUCCGGCAUCUUCAAAAAAAAUAUGGCACAUGGGCGGGAGAUGUAUCACGGGGAUCCCAACAUGCAGACAUUUGGAGCUCCAUCGUUGGACAAGAGGAUGGAUUUGUUCGCACCCGAAGCCAUCAAGUUUGGCACUCUUUCUGCAGAACUUGCAAUUAGCAACUGGGGCGGGGACAAGUCCAAAAUCACUCAUUUGAUCACAUACUCCACGUCUGGCAUGACGUCCCCAGCCCUUGACAUGCAAUUAAUCAAGGCUCUCGGCCUCCGCCAAACCGUGAAGCAUUUCUGGGUGUCACUAAUGGGUUGUCAUGCUGGUCUGAUUGGUAUCAGAACUGCCGCGGAAAUCGCCCAAGCAGACGCUGCUUUCCGCGUCUUAGUUGUGUGUGUGGAGAUCAAUUCUGCACAAGCGCAGCCCCUCAACCCUGCUGGCCUGCAAGACCUGAACAACCACGUGGUUUCUAUCAUUUUCGGAGACGGCGCCGCAGGUGUGAUUGUAGGGACACAGCCCACAGAACAUGAGACACCGAUCUUCCAAGUCGACCGUUGCUUUACUUCAUACAUCCCCGAUACAGAUCACCAUAUUACGGCCAAACUGUCGCAGUCUGGGCUUAAGGCUACUCUCAACAAGAACGUGCCUUCAGUUGUGGGCUAGAAUUGUGGCAAGUUCGUAGAACUGCUCCUUGAGGGAACGGAGCUCAAACCUGAUACUGUUAACUGGGCGGUGCAUCCUGGAGGCAAAGCAGUUGUGGAUGCAGUGGAAAAAGGUUGCAGCUUGGUGCCGGAGCAGCUCCGAUUUACAAGAUAUAUUUUGGAGAAUUAUGCGAAUAUGAGCUCCCCCACCAUUGUGUUUGUUCUGGAUAAGCUACGAGACGAAGCGCAAAAGCUACCAGCUGAAAGCGAGCACCUGAUCCAUCCAUGAACGGUAGUGGUGGGGUUUGGUCCUGGGAUGACGAUGGAGGGCAUUCUGCUGAGGAACUGCUAGCAAUUGCUUUUUCUGGUUUGAAUGGAAAGAUUCAAUGGCAGCUGGUGGAUGAUGAGACACACGACGAGCUAACCCCUUUGUUUCCUCACGGAUCUCUCUCGAAGUCAACGAAUCUUUCUGAUGGUUUCCUACCCAACGUGAUCGCAUGUUGAUAAAAUGGCACAGCUACCAAUUCAUCUGUGAAGAUUUGAGACCGCACGACUGUUUCUCUCACCAUGAAAACAGUUGGACUUGAGCAACCGGUUUCACAAUUUCAACUCCAUUCUGGCACCUCACAGUAGUCUCUUAGUAGUGCAGCGAAUACGUCACUUAGCCACCCCUGUUUUUUGUAACAAUCGAGGCAAAUACGUAGAAAAUCACUAGCUAAACACACAGAGAUUAGCGCAGCUCCUGAUAACCUUGAAGCAGAUUCUUGUACACACCCAAGGGCUCACAAGGAGUGGAUUCUACGAGCUGGUGAACCUGCCUGCCUGUAAGCAAAAUGUUUAAUUCAGUAUCCUCUGUCAACGUAUACAUUACUAAUCUCACAUUACUGGUAAGGGAUUUGUGUGAUCUAAUCGCACACAGAAAUUUCAGCCUUCUUUUCAAAGCUAUUUUCUGCAUGUUAUUCAUGCAACAUUCGGUUU